UGGCGAUGUCUGUCUUCUAGUACAAUAGGUCAAUUUAUCUCUAUUAUAUUUCCUGCUGAGCAGUGUAUUGAGGCAGGUCUGUCCAACAAGCAUUGCCGGCAAUUUUGAAUGAAAAUGGCUCAAUACUCCUGGUGAUAUCUCCAAGGUAACCAGUACUCCAGGGGAAUGGAUCGGUGACAUUAAAAGCCGAGCACCGCUACCAAUGGCAGGCAGACGAGUCCUCGACGUCUCCAAGCUCGUCUCCGCGACCCGACACAUCGCGAAAGCUCACCUCGACCUCCGGAGUCGCCAAUAUGACGUAUUCGCAAAGACAUCCACCCUCGCCAAGGCCGCGAAGAACCAGACGGAUCGAGUCACUGUGACUCUCAGUGCCGCCAUCGCGAUCGCACAGCGACUGGCAGAAGAGCCAAUCAACAGCGGGACAACGGGUCCGCAGACACACGGGACGGAUGGAAGUGCGAGUCCGCGAGGGCAGGCUUCGACAGGCGAGCGACCGAAAGAUGCCUCGGGGAUAAAUCAAGACCAUCAUUACCAGCCGUCGGAGAAGAAUGCAGCGUUCGAACCGGCACCGAUUUCGGAUCUCAAGCCGUCGCAGGAACAGGCUGGUAGACAUGCACUUCCAGACGGGACAAUUCCGUCAGAAGGGUUGGAUGCAAGGGAAGAGACGGCAGGAUAUGACACGUAUGGUCGAAUUCCAGCUACAGAGACUGCAAAAUCUCCACUGGAGGACCAACGGACCAAGGUGGUCAUACCGCAACGAAGUUCUGCUGUACAAAGAUCGGAGGAUGGGUCUAUCAACGCCGACACAUUCGGUACCGCGAGUGCAGAUACGCAGAAAGCUGUGCUGGAGGAUACUGCAGCUGAAGAGAUACCAGAAGGCAUCGACAUCAAUGUCUUCCGUACGACGCGAGGAAAGACGCUCCUUGGUUCCUCGAAACCAUCUCAAGAACCGAAAUCUACAGCCACGCAAAUAGACGCAGCACCCGAUGACAUUCAGCAGCUCGCCAAAGCUAUCGCGGAGGACCCCAUCGCGGAGGACCCCAUCACCCAACCCUCCACCACCCCCCAACCA